CUCUCGCUCUCGCUGAGCAAGCCGGCGGCGCCCGAGAUCCCUCCCCGCCGCGCCGGGCUCGCAAAAGCCGCUGCCUUCCCUCCCUCUUCUCGCGCGCUCGGGGGAGCACCGGAGCCGGCGGCGCGCGCCAUGGGGUCGGUGUCCCUGAAGCUGCCGGCGUCCCGCCGCCGCCACGGCGGCCCCCUCUCCUGCCUCUGCUCACCGGCGCCGCUCAACCUCCUCAUGCUGCUCUCCCUCCUCUGCACCAACCUCCUCGCCUUCUUCGCCUUCUUCGCCGCCCCGACCCGCCACGACCCCGCCGCCGGCACAACCCCCUCCUCCUCCGCCAACCUCUCCGCGCACGUCGCCGCCAUCGCGCUCGAGAUCGGCGACGGCGCCUCCUCCUCCGGCGGCCGCCUCCCAGACGGCCUGCCCCCGGAGCUGCUCCUCUUCCUCACCCCGCACGCGCUGCCGCUCGGCCGCGACGCGCGGACGGGGCUCACCCACAUGCCGGCCUCCGUCGCCGCCUCCUGCCUCCGGUCCCCGUCCGCGCUGGCGCUCCUCUCGGCCUUCAUGUCCUACGCGCCCCACUCCGCCUGCCCGCGCAACGCCACCCUCCCGCGCCGCCUCGUCUCCAAGGGCUGCGAGCCGCUGCCCCGCCGCCGGUGCCUCUCCCGCGGGCCCCGCGCCCCGCUCCCGGCAUCCGGCAUGGGCCUCGACCACCGCCGCUGGGCCGGCCCCGCGCGCGGCGGCGGCCACGAGUUCCUCGUCGACGACGUGCUGCGCCUGGGCGCGUCCAAGAUCCGGAUCGGCCUCGACGUCGCCGGCGGCGCCGCCAACUUCGCCGCCCGGAUGAGGGAGCGCGGGGUCACCGUCGUCACCUCCGUGCUCGACGGGCCCGGGAAGCCGAUGAACGAGUUCGUGGCGUCAAGGGGCCUGUUCCCGCUCCUGCUCUCGCCGGCGCACCGGUUCCCCUUCUACGACGGGGUGUUCGACCUGGUGCACGUCGGCACCGCGGCGCUGGACGAGGCCGGGGCGCCCGCGAUGGGGCAGGCGGCGACGCCGGAGGCGCUGGAGUUCUUCAUGUUCGACGUCGACCGGGUGCUGCGCGCCGGCGGGCUGCUCUGGAUCGACAGCUACCUGUGCCAGAGCGAGGAGAGGAGGCGGGUGGUUGCCAAGCUGAUAGAGAGGUUUGGUUACAAGAAGCUCAAGUGGGUCGCCGGAGAGAAGGCCGGCGGUGCGGCGACAUCAACCUACCUCUCCGCGGUGCUGCGAAAGCCGGCAAGGAGCUGAAAUCAUACACAAGGAUUGAUCAAUCCAGGCUCCUUGAUCAGAGGUACGGCCACUGUGCCCUCAAAUUGUUUGUAGCUCCCAGAUUUUGAUGGGACGAAUGCGAAUGUGAAUGCCGUAUAGGUGCCAAGGAAUUUUUUAGAUUACAGAAGAAACCGGUGCUACGGAUUAGCUUGAUUCCAUUGGUUGUUGAUUGUUGAGAGAUAGUGACUGAAAAUAACUGCAAGAUUGUACAACUCUUCUACAUUUGUUGAUGCUAUUAGAUGGGACACAAGCCGUGCAGUGCUACUUUUGUUGCUCUAUUGGUGAAUUGCAGUUUGUGGAAGAGGUUGGCAAAUGGUGUACACUGUACUGAUCUUCCAUUUCAGGAAGAACGCGAAAUUAAUUGACGCUGUUCGAAUCAA